GAAUGGAUACUGAAUGAAGAGGAAAAGGAGUAUAGGAGGCAACAGAUUGAGGAGAACCGGAAGUGGAGGGAAAGUAACCGCAAACUCAAGGAAACAAAUGCCGAUAAAGACAUACAAUUGUCGGACACAUCUAAUACCGAGUCCAACGACAGUUUACUGAGUAUUUCGGACACAAAUAUAUUGAGCGAUGAGGAGAUCAGUCAAUAUAUUAUGCAAAUCGAGAACUUCUCUAUAAAUGACGAUAUCGGUGGUAAUGAUGAGGACAGUGGUCAACAGGAGUUAGUCAUUCAAGUGAUACCUAAACUGAUGAACAACUUUAGCCAAUUGAAUGAUAUUGAGUGCAACCGUCUGAAAGAGUUGGUUCACUCGUCCGUAUUGGGUAUCAAAGAAAAGAUACCAUUCCCUAAGACAACGUCCUAUGCAUACAAAUCAAUCUAUGAAGUCUUGGAGUUUAUGCCUAUUCUGCUAUUUAAUAGCGAUGUGCCCAAUAUUAAACAUAAUGAUGCGGUCAUGUAA